UACUGCAGCGAUGAAUUCUUGGAUGCUCCUGUCAUCUUCUCGUAGAGGGAGCUGUGAACAGGACGAGCUUUGUCGUUGCAGUGGGUGGAGUAAUGCCCUUGUGCGAGUUUGGAGUGACUUUUUGACAAGCGUGUGGAGUGCUUGAUGAAGGAAGAGCUGACCUCUGAUUCCGUGGUGAAGAGAGCUCUUAACGCUGUCGGAUCCGCUGCUUACCUCUUCAUACAGAUGGGCGCAUACCGCGGCGGCCCGAACAGCUUCGCGGUCGUCGGCCUCGCCUCGAAGCCCCUCCAUGUUUUCGCCAAGCCUCGGUUCAUCUGCGAGUGGCUCCCUCUUACCUUCCAUGGCGACGACAACAGCUCUGUCACUGCCUCCGGUCACACCAUCCUCCCCGACUGGGGCUACGGCCGCGUCUACACCGUCGUCGUCGUGAACUGCACGUUCGCGGUUGAUGUCGGGGCCGAUGGCACCGGAGGGUGCCUCGUGCUCCGUGCCACCACCGGCGGUGGUAGUGACCGGGCUGCGGAGACGGAAGAGAGGUUCAUUGCGAUGGAGGAAACUCCCGGAAGCGUCAACGUGACGAUGUUUUCAACACCGCCGAAGUACGAUUGCCUCUACUGCGGAUCUCCGCUCUAUGGCGACCUUAGCCCGCAGCGGGUGAGGGAAUGGAUCGCCUAUCACGCGAAUCUCUUCGGCUUGAAGUCGCACUUCGUGAUCCAUGACGCCGGCGGAGUCCACCGGGACGUGAUGGAGGUGUUGAGGCCGUGGAUGGAGAAGGGCCUCCUGACCUUGCAGGACGUCAGGGAGCAGGAAAGGUUCGAUGGUUACUACCAUAACCAGUUCCUGGUGCUCAACGAUUGCUUGCAUAGGUACAAGUUCAUGGCGAAGUGGAUCUUCGUCUUCGACAUGGAUGAGUUCAUCUACCUGCCAUCGGAAACCAAACUGGAACCACUGCUCGAAUCGUUCUCCGGCUAUACGCAGUUCACGAUCGAGCAAAUGCCAAUGUCGAACACGCUCUGCCAAUUCAAAGAUUACGGGAAGACUUCGAGGAUGUGGGGCAUUGAGAAGCUGGUGUACCGGGACGCGCGGAGGAAGGUGAGGAGGGAUCACAAGUACGCGAUCCAGCCGCGGAGCGCGUCCGCCACCGGCGUGCACCUCUCGCAGAACGUAGCGGGGCCGAGCCUUUCCGAAACAGGGGGUAGGAUCAAGUACUUCCACUACCACGGCACCCUUGCCAUGCGCCGUGACCCGUGCAGGGAGCUCCUGAACGCCACCAAGAUCUUCUUCGACAACACGCCCUACGUCCUCGACGAGACACUGCGGUCGGUCGCCGGAGAAGUCAGGAUGUUCGAGCUCAAGAUGAUCGGACCCCGUCUGGCUCACACACGAGAAUGAAUCAUCAGACAAACACUUGGAAAUAAAGAUGUGCUUCGCUGUAAGAUUGAAGAACAAUUACAUCAAAGAAGUAACUGGGAAGCCGGGGAUUACUUGAA